AUGGAUAAACUCAUUCUUUUCAUUUUUUUGUUACAAGGUGUUUGUUGUGGAGAUUGGAGCAUCAGUCUGCCAGAGAAGAUUGAAGCUCUGAGUGGAUCCUGUGUGACCAUAAACUGCACAUUUGAUAUUAAUAACAAAUAUGACAAAGAUCUCACUGACAGUGCUGCAGGAGUGUGGAGUAAAGAUGAACAUCAAUACAACAACAAUAUUGUGUUUAACUCCAGCAACUCCAAUUUCCCUUUUAAAGGGGAAAUAACUGGGAAAUUAAAAAACAAGAACUGUACAACCAUCUUUUAUAACGUUACUCCAAAUCACAAAGGCACAUUAUACUUUAGGAUUGAGGGUAAUGGUGGACUGAAAUAUACCUAUACACAACAAUCUGUUUUAAUAGAUGUGAUCGACUUCCCCCCCAAACCCACAGUGCAGAUGUUAAAGGAUCAGAUGGAGGUUGAGGUUCAGGAGGAGGUGUUAGAGGGGAGCUCUAUGUGUCUGCGCUGCUCUGCUAAGACUCUCUGCUCCUCUUCUCCACCAACUCUCACAUGGAGCUCCACUGACAGACUCCACCUCAAUGAGAGCAGCAGACUACAGCUGGAUCAACAGAAACAAACUGAGAUCAUCUCUGAUCUGAACUUCACUGCUACUCACCUUCAACAUGGAGUCACUUUCAUCUGCACUAUAACCUACCAGCUACAGCAGAGGAACACAACAGCACACAACAACAUCACAUUACGUGUUCAGUAUGCACCCAAAAUCUCUCUCUUCAGCUGUAACAGAACUGAUGUAACUGUGUGUUUGUGUGAGGCUCAUGGGAAUCCCUCUCCUAAAGUGGAGUGGUUUCUAUCUGGACGUCCUGUCAGUAACUCUACAAACACAUCCAUCAGUGAGGAGCGAUUGAGCAGCACAGACUUGAGGAGCUUCAUUUCUCUCCAUCAGUCACUUACACACACAGACACUCUGCAGUGUGUCACCAUCAACACUCACGGCAAUGCCAGUCAACAAAUUCAACUGCAAUACUGUUCUCAUGAGAUAAGUUUCAGUCUUUUCUCUGUGCUAAUGGGAGCUGCUAUUGGAGCUUCAUUAAUGAUGAUCUUGUGUGUUAUUAAACAUCUCUUUAAACGGUGA